UUUAAAACCGCAGGUAAAGAAAGAAAUAAUUUAGUUUGCGGACAAAAUUGAUGCCAGCUUAAAAUUGCGUCAUUUGCUAACUUUGCGUAUCAUUUAAAAGUUUGUGAAAAAAUAUCGUUACUCGGGAGGUAAUCGAAAAUUCAGUUAUGGUAGAAAGUGAUACAAAUUUAGCACAAAAAAUUAAUCGCAGUGCAAACUAUUUCGUUGGAAAUGAAUUACCGGAUGGCAGUGCAUGCUCUAUUCGAGAAAACGGUAUUGAUUUUGCUAUCACCAAAAUAAUGCUGAAACUGUCGGCUAUUUUCAAUGUAAGUGAAACAGCCAUAAAUUUUUUACUACGUUCGUUGAUUAGCUCCUUAAAUGACCACGAGAUUCACACCAUACAAGAAAUGAUUGUUUCCCUACAGAAUUUAUCAACUUCACAUAAACGUAAAAAAUUUUUUUCAGAUCACUUUCAAUUUUCUUUUCCCAAUGAAAUCUUUUUCGGUAGUCAAGAACAGCAUUUGAGGAACAAGAACAGGAUAUGUUCGUCAAGGCAAGUGCCGCACACUUUUUAGUACAUCAGCUUACGAUCAACACUGAACGCUUUAUUUUCCAAUGAGGAAUUUUUCAGUGCAUUUUUCUCUGAAAAGGGGUCGACUGAUGGAUUUAUCCGAUCUCAUCGUGAUAGCUCCCAUUAUUCCACUCAUGAGUUUUUUAAGCGAUACCCUUAUGCGGUUCGGUUACAAAUUUUUUAUGAUGACGUAGACUUAGUUAACCCGUUGGGCACCAAAGUGAAAAAGCAUGAAAUUGGUAAUUUUUGCUUCGUUAUUUUGAACUUACCUCCACUUCUAAAUUCUAGUUUUAAAAACAUCCAUCCUUUUGCCAUUGUAAAAACUCAGCAUUUGAAAAAAUACGGGUUUGGAAUUGUUAUCAAAGAAUUUAUGAAGGAGAUAACGAUUUUGGAGUCCGAGGGCGGCAUGCUGCUAGACAUACCAAGUAGGUCUAACUUCCGUGUACAUGGAACAAUUGCCACUUCGUGCGCAGACACAAAAGGCGCUCACGAAAUUGGCGGUUUUAUGAGUUCAUCCGCAACUAAACUCUGUCGCCUUUGCAAUAUUGAAAGAAGCGCCAUUCGUAAUCAUGCGACCACAGAUUCUAUUGUUUUUAGAACUAGAAAAUCUAUUGAUGAUGGAGUCCAACGUGUGUUACACUGCCCUGAAGAAUGUCCAAACGGAGACUCCAGCACUGGUAUAAAGGGUCCAUGCCUGUUAAACGAAAGCCGAUUUUUUCACAUUGGUGAAAACCACAUUUUAGAUUGUAUGCACGAUUUUGCAGAAGGGAUUAUUCCUUUUUUCUUAAAAUUAUGUCUUCGAGAGUGGGUAGUCAACAAACGUGAAUAUGGGUUGACGGCCGAUUUUAUAAACAAAAGAAUUUCAUUUUUCCAUUACGGUAGUUACGAUUCGGAAAACAAACCGAGCGAGAAGUUUUCUGAUGCAAUUUUGCGUGCUGAGGGUAACUAUAACAUUAAACAGCGCGCAGCCCAAAGUUUGUGUCUCAUGAGACAUUUUCCUUUACUGUUUGGUGAUAGGAUUGCAAAAAAUGAUCCUCUUUACCAAUUUGUUUUACUCUUUCUUCAAAUUAUGGAUAUUGUUUUUGCCCCAGCCAUUACGCUUGCCCACAUAUAUAUUUUAAAGGACUUAAUAUUUGUGUUGUUUGAAAAAUUCAAUUUAUUAUUCCCCAACGUCCAACCCAUAAACAAAAUGCACCACCUUAUUCAUUACCACGAUAUAAUGCGGUUGCAUGGUCCACCAACUCGUUAUUGGUGUAUGCGCUUCGAGGCUUUCCAUUAUGUCAUCAAACGUAGGGCACAGUUUAUUGGUAAUUAUAUUAAUAUUUGCAUAUCAAUGGCUGUUCAUGUUCAACGCCUUCACUGUUUGAAUUUUAUUGAGGAUAAAUUGAUUUCCACCAAGCCCGUGUUUGGUCGCAGUAAAAUAUGUUGUUUUACUGAAAUUGCUCAGAAAUAUCCUGAUUUAAAUUUUGAUUCAGUGUUAAAUCCUGAAGUAGAAAUCUCAAGUCCUAACUGGGUUGUGAUCGAAGGAUGGAAAUACCACCACGGGGGGAUUUUGGUCAUUAAAAAAAGUUUUGAAACAUCUAGUGGGUUGCCUAAAUUCGGGAAAAUAAAAAUUUUUUUUGUUCAGUAUGAAACUAUUUUCAUAGUUAUGUCCGUCGUAAGAACAGUCGAGUUUGAUGCCCAUUAUUACGCCUUUGUAGUUGAAAAUAAGACCUUGGACAAAACCAUUGUAUUGAACAUUGUAGAGUGCUUAAGGAACGAACCUCUUGAUUUACUGUCAAAUUUUUCUAAUGAUUCCAAAUCUUAUGUUUGUCCUCGUAACUUUAUUUAA